AUGAGUUCUAUGCCAAAACCAGAAAGACAUGCUGAGUCAUUGCUUGACAUUUGUCAUGAUACAAGCUCUUCUCCAACUGAUAUGAUGAUAGUUACCAAAAAUCAAAACAUCAUCUUGCAAAGCAUCAGCAGCAGUGAGGAGUUCGACCAAGAUGGUGACUGCAGUCGUUCCACACCGGUUAGUGAAGAAGAAGAAGAUCCCAGUGGUGGUAGACAGGACUGGCAACCCAGGACAGAAGGUAUUGAGAUCACUGUGACUUUUCCAAGAGAUGUCAGUCCUCCCCAAGAAAUGAGCCAAGAAGACUUAAAAGAAAGGAAUCAGAUAACCUCAUCGCAUCAAGAAUGGGCACAAGCACAUGCAGUUUCUCAUCCAAAUGAAAUUGAGAUGAUGGAGCUCAGGACAAACACGCUGACCAUGCGGCCCUUACUUUUGCAAAAAGAGGAAAGUUCCAGGGAGCUCUGCGAUGUGAACUUGGGCUUUUUGCUGCCGAGAUCUUGUUUAGAACCAAACAUUUCCAAGUCUGUAACCAGAGAAGAUGCUCCUCAUUUUCUGAAGGAGCAGCAAAGAAAAUCUGAAGAGUCUUCGACCUCUGAUGUGAAGUACAGUGGCCAAAGCAUCGAGUUCCCUCUGCCACCACUGUCACUCUUGCCCACGCGAUCUGGUGUCCUUAGUAUCCCCCGAAAUCACAAGUUUCCAAAAGAGAAAGAAAGAAAAAUUCCAAGCCUCACAUCUUUUGUGCCUAAGCUCUCAGCGUCUGUUCGUCAAUCUGAUGAGCUUAGCCCAACAAAUAAGCCUCCAGGAGCCCUAGUUAAGUUGUUGAUGGAUUCGACUCUCAGGUCUUCUGAUGGCUUCAUUUGGUCAAGAAACACAUGCUCUUUUCCUAAGGUUAACCAUCACAGACAAUGCCUGGAGAUGGAGGAGAACUGGAAAUCCAAGGAAAUAGAAGAAUGUAACAAAAUUGAAAUCAUCCACCUUGAAAAAGGGCAGUCUUCGGUGUCUUUUGAGAAUUUGAAGGAAGGCAAUAUUCCUGCAGAUAGGGAAGAGGAUAGUGACUGCCAUGGGAGUAAAACGAGAAAAGCUGAAGAAGAGAACUCUCAAUAUCUUUCAUCAAGAAAGAGUGAGAGGUCAGUAGCCAAAAACUAUGACCAAGAUUCAGAAAUAGUAUGUACCAUUCCAAGCAGGUUCCAAGAAGCCCAGCAUUCAGAAAUAACUCCAAGCCAGGAUGAAGAGAUGAGAAAUAAUAAAGCUGCUUCCAAAAGAGCUUCAUUACAUAAAGGUGAAGCAAUGGAACCAAACAAUAUUUUAGAAGAGUGUACUGUACUUAAAAGCUUAUCCAAUGUAUUCUUUGAUGACCCCGUUGAUAAACUCCCGGAAGGUCGUAGCAGCAUGGAGACAAACAUAAAAAUAUCAAUAGCAGAAGGAGCCAAACCAGAAAUGAGUGGGAUGGUGCCUCUUAUCCACAUCACCUUCCCUGUGGAUGGAAGCCCCAAGGAACCAGUAAUAGCCAAACCAAGCCUCCAAAAAAGAAAGAGAACCAUUCAUAACAACCAUAGUGUCAACAUACUUGUACACCAAGAAAAUGACAAGCAUGAGAUGAAUUCCCAUAGAAGUAAGUUGGAUUCAAAGACUAAGACAAUGAAGAAGACACCUCCGAAUUUCCUGAUUUCUACUGAAGGUCCCAUUAAGCCUACCAUGCAUAAAACCAGCAUAAAAGCACAAAUUUUCCCUGCUUUGGGACUUGUUGACCCCAGGCCUUGGCAAAUGCCCAGGUUUCAAAAGAGAAUGCCACAGAUAGCAAAGAAGCAAUCAACUCACCGGACUCAGAAACCUAAAAAGCAAUCAUUUCCUUGCAUAUGUAAAAAUCCAGGAAUACAAAAGUCAUGUGUUCCUCUCUCUGUUCAACCGGCAGAGCCAAGACUAAAUUACCUGGAUCUUAAGUAUAGUGAUAUGUUCCAAGAAAUCAAUUCAACUGCUAAUGGACCUGGAAUCUAUGAAAUGUUUGGGAGCCCUGUUUAUUGUCAUGUGCGAGAGGCUGAAAGGGAUGAAAACAAGUAUUACCGUGAGAUAUGUUCCGCUCCAUCAGGCAGAUGUAUCACCAAUAAAUGUCGAUCUUCACACAGUGACAGGAGCAGCAAUAUCAGAACAAGACUUUCUCAGAAAAAACCACAUAUGAAACCCCCAAAGACUUCAUUUGGCAUUAAACAAGAGCACAAAGGCUUAAUGUCUAAAGAAAAGAGUUCCAAGGUUGUACGUCGCAACCUACGUGACAUUGAAAAUGGUGAUGGUAUUUCAGAACCAGACUGGCAGAUAAAGUCUUCAGGAAACGAGUUUCUACCUUCCAAAGAUGAAAUUCAUCCCAUGAACUGGGCUCAGACACCUGAGCAGUCCAUGAAACAGAAUGAAUUCCCUCCUGUCUCAGAUUUAUCCAUUGUUGAAGAAGUUUCUGUGGAAGAGUCUACGGGUAAUAGAGACAUUUCUAACAAUCAAAUACUCACCACAAGCCUCAGAGAUCUGCAAGAACUUGAAGAGCUACAUCACCAGAUCCCAUUUAUCCCUUCGGAAAACAGCUGGGCAGUGCCCAGUGAGAAGAAUUCUAACAAGUAUGUACAGCAAGAAAAGCAGAAUACAGCAUCUUUUAGUAAAGUAAAUGCCAGCCGAAUUUCAACUAAUGAUCUAGAGUUUGAUAGUGUUUCAGAUCAGUCUAAAACACUUGCAAAUUUCUCUUUCCAAGAAAAACAAGAAAGUGCAUCUUCCCAGACAUAUCAAUAUUGGAUACAUUAUUUAGAUCAUGAUAGUUUAGCAAAUAAGUCAAUCACUUAUCAAAUGUUUGGAAAAACUUUAAAUGGCACAAAUUCAAUUUCCCAAGCAAUUCCAGACUCUGUAAAUAAUGAGGAAUUGACAGAUGAAUUAUUAGGUUGUCUAGCUGCAGAGUUAUUAGCUCUUGAUGAGAAAGAUAACAACUCUUGCCAAAAAAUGGCAAAUGAAACAGAUCCUGAAAACCUAAAUCGUAUCCUCAGUCAGAGAGGAAGUACCCCAAAAGAAAUGGACAGAGGGACAACAAAUGUCAAAAUGCAGAGGCAUAGUAAUGGGCUCGGGAUAUAUGACAGGGAGGAGAAAUUUCUCAUCUCAAAUGAAAAGAUGACAUUUUCUGAAAAUAGUUUAAAGUCUGAAGAACCUAUCCUAUGGACCAAGGGUGAGAUUCUUGGAAAGGGAGCCUAUGGCACACUGUAUAUGUUACUGGAAGUUUGGAGAAUCAUUGGUAGAUGGCAAAAACAAAAGAUGUUCCUUACAUUUUGUGAACUGUGUAAGAGAUCUUGGAGGGUGGGGGGUGAAGACAGGGACCAGCAUGAGCGACCUUCUGCUCUCCAGCUCCUGAAGCACUCCUUCUUGGAGAGAAGUCACUGAACAUACAUCAAGAGUUUCUUUCCAGUUCCACUGCAGAUGCUCCCUUAUUGCUUAAUUGUGGGGACGAUGGCUAAGCGAUCUUUGUUUCCCUACUGAAAAUUCAGUCUAACCCAGUUUAACUAGAUCCUAUGGAGUCACUAAAUGGAAGCUUCAGUUACAUAUUAGCCUGCUCAAGUGUCAGACAUGAUUACUUAUAGUAUCAGAAGAAAGUUUCUUAAUAACAACAAAAAACAUAUUUCAGUGUUUACAGUUUUGAUUGUCCAGGAACUACAUUCUCUACUGCUUUACAUGACAUUUCCUUUUAUUUUUGGCCUGUCCUGUCAAUUUUUUAAUGAUGUUAGUUUAAAAUAAAUUGUAAAAACAACUU